GAGCACCACAAAACAAAUGGACUAUAUUACAUUCACACGGAUGCUAAGAGCUAAAACUUCAAUACUAAUUGAAAUUCUCACAAAUACGGAGCAUCAAAUAUCCAGCAAGAACAAAUUAAGGAAGAAUCUGAAUAUUAAUUAAGACUUGACGAUUACCAAAUAAAGACCAUUACACAAAAGAUUUUUGUGUUUUGGCACUGAAAAAUACUUCCAAAAACGAGAUUCGAGGGCUAGGGUUCAAGAUUUAGUGUCGGCACCACCUCCAUCAUCCUCGAAGUCUCCUUUCUCUCGCUCCUUAGGCCUGUUUGCAUCACAUAAGAGCUCUUCCCCUUCCGAUUUGAUUCUCUCGCGUUGAAGAAGAACGAGAAGAGGACAAUGAAUGGAUAACAAAUGAAUGUCUGAGGUGAGGCCUGAGGGUGAGUUUGCAACUUGGAUAGAUAAUUGAUACGGAGUACGGAGUAACUGACAUAAGUAGUCGGUCCAUUCGGUCCAGACCAAAAUAAUAUCGGGAGAAAGCAGUGAAGCAGGUGCAUCCAUGUUUGCCGUAAAGAACAAGAUGGAGGUCAAGGAGCUUGUGUGCUCUCACUGUGGGAAAACAGGGCAUGAGGUUGAGGCGUGCUACAAGCUGAUUGGGUACCCAGAGAGAUGGGUGUUCCGUGAUCAGGCCGGAAGAGGAAGAGGAAACGGCUGGGGAAGGGGCCAUGGGAUUGCACAAGGCGGCGGACAGUCGACCGUAGCGAUUGGACACGCGACCGUUACGGGCGGACGAGGUGAAACAUCAGAUGAAGAUGGAUCGAAUAACUCCUCUCUGAUUGAUCACUUCAACGACGAUGACGAAAUGCUUGCGGAAGAGCAGCUGGACCAUUCCAUGAGGAAUGGUCGACCGGAGGAGAACAACAAUGCAGACGGGAUACAGGCGGUCGACCUGGUGGACCGUCUCGAUGUCCACAGUCGACCGUCCGAGAGGCAAAAAGACGGACUCCUGGGAGAUCAACCAACGGUCGACGCGGUGGACCGUUCUGUAUUUUAAAGGCAAAAAUACAAUAUUCUCUUUUUCUUCUACUCUGUAUUUAUUUCAUCUUUCUAUUCUUCAUAUUUUUAAAGUCCCCAAAAAAUUAAUUUACUUUAAAAAAAAGUUAAAAUAUUUAAUUUGAGAUAGAGUGAGUAUGUGUUAUCUAAUUUUUGUAUUUAUUUUACUUUCACUUAUAAUAAAAAAGUGUAUUUUAU